AUGGCAGACAAACAGCAGACGACCCAAAAGGAGGACGUCGCCAAGUCAUUGUCUUCCUUGUCUCUAAACACAUCUACCAAGGCCCCCAAGAAGGUAGCAAAGAAGAAGAAGGAAGUCGUGGCAGACUCCUGGGAGGAUGAAGACGUGUCCGACUCGGGUUCAGAUGACACGGGUGAUGCGACAUCAACUCCCACAGCCAGCGGCGCAAAGGAGCAGUCUGCCGGCACCAACGCACCACCGCCAACUCCUAUAUCCCCCACAUACAGGAAUGAAUAUCAGGACAAUUGGUCAAGCCCAUCCUCAAGCCAGGCAGAUUCAGGGCCGCGACGACCAGAAAAGACGGAUGCUGUCGCCAGACGUAUGAUUGCUGCCAGUCUUGGACUCAAAGCUCCCAAGCAAACGGAUGAGCAAAGGGCCUACCAGAAAUCCAUAAGGGAGCAAGAAAGGAGGCGUCGUGAGCAGCAGAAAGAGGAAGAACAGAAGCAGAAAGAGAAGGCAGAAAAGGCCAAAGCAGCCGUUUGGGACGAUUGA